UUUCAGCCUCAAAAGUUGCUCUUCUUUCCCACAAAAAGUAUCUUUGACAACAUCAAAGUAACUCCAACUAUCUUUCACUAAUCAAACCUCUACAGUACAUCACCAUGUCUACAAAACUUGGAAUCAACGGAUUUGGACGCAUCGGACGUCUUGUCUGCCGUGCCGCCAUCGAAAACAAGGACGCCACCGUCGUUGCCGUCAACGAUCCUUUCUUGUCGGUCGACUACGCUGCCUACCAAUUCAAGUAUGACUCUGUCCAUGGACGAUUCCCUGGUAGUGUUGAGGUUGACGGAGACUGCCUCAUCGUCGACGGAACCCGAAUCAAGUUCUUUGCCCAGCGUGACCCAACCGAAAUUCCUUGGGCCGAGGCAGGUGCCGAAAUUGUCUGCGAGUCCACCGGUAUCUUCACCACUAUCGAGAAGGCCUCCAUGCACUUGAAGGGAGGCGCCAAGAAGGUUGUCAUCUCUGCUCCUUCGGCAGAUGCCCCCAUGUUCGUGAUGGGAGUCAACAACUCCUCGUAUGCCGGCCAGAAUAUCUUCUCCAACGCCUCGUGCACCACUAACUGUCUUGCGCCUCUUGCAAAGGUAUUGAACGACAAGUUUGGAAUCGUCGAGGGCCUCAUGACCACUAUCCACGCCGGAACCGCCAACCAGUUGGUGGUCGACGGACCCGCCAAGGGAGGAAAGGACUGGAGAGCGGGACGUUCUGCCCUCAACAACUCCAUCCCCGCAUCCACCGGUGCCGCCAAGGCCGUCGGAAAGGUCCUCCCUGAACUCAACGGAAAGCUGACCGGUAUGGCCAUCCGUGUAAGUAUAGAGGCGCAUGUCUUUAUUUCGAGGUGAAUACAAAUAUUGAACAGAAUCACAUCUCACCCAAAUUGCUGCACUUUCACAAACGUACUGCUCGAUACUACCACAGAUCCCUACCGCCGAUGUUUCAAUUGUCGAUUUGACCUUCCGAACCGAAAAGGCCGCCACCAAGGAAGAAAUUCUUGGCGCCCUUAAGGAAGCCUCCGAAGGUGACAUGAAGGGAAUUCUUGGAUACACCGAAGAGAAACUCGUCUCGAGCGAUUUCAUCCACGAUUCGGCCUCGUCCACCGUCGAUGCCGGUGCCUGCAUCUUCCUCAACGACAACUUCCACAAGGUCAUUUCGUGGUACGACAACGAAUGGGGAUACUCGAACCGUUUGGUCGAUCUGGCUGUCUACACCACAAAUGCCUAAAUUUGGAGCCGAAGAUCGCAAGACCAUCGUUUUUCUGACGCCCCAGCAUUCAGUAUUGCAACGUUGAAGUUGAGAUGAGGAUUAGGAAAAUAUAGAAAGUUUGUGCACUGUUUUAUUUACAAACAUAAUCUAAAAUCUAUUACUAAUCGCGGUUUCUGCGGCACACACAUCAUAGAAGCAUAUCGAAUACAAAAAGAGAAAUCGU